CACGAUCAUGAACAAUUUACGAUCUGAAUGCGCAACGUGUUUUGCUGGUGGUGCAUUUUUUCGUAAUGAAAUUAAGGUGGUUUUAGUCAAAUAAUGCCCGGGGAUUUUGAACCAAGUGACACGCAGUCCAGUUACAAUUACUGUUGCAUCUGUCGGUGUGUAUAUAUUUACAGGUCCUGAAGCGCUCAAGUUAGUUUUAUAUCGCAUGAUUUUUGUCCUUGAGUUCUUGCUUGGUCAUUUGCAAACAAGCAAAAUGUACUUCGUUGUAAUAUUAAUAUUGGCGUUGUUAAAUAAUAAUGCUGCUGAAGAAAUGGGGGAGACUGUAUCUUGGGAUGACCAAAUUACAAACAACCAAGGCGGUUGCGGCUGUGGUGCUGUUAAAAGAAACACAGAUGAACAAUUACCACAGGAUUCAGCAAAUGUUCAAGAACACACAUUUUUAAAAAUUAAUAGCGAAAAAUAUUCAUCUGCUGCAAAUGCACAAACUAUUUACCCAAGAACAAAUCAAAUGGUAUUAAUAAAAGGUGGUACGUUCAUGAUGGGCACGGAUGAACCAGUAUUUGUGGCAGAUGGAGAAGGACCAUCCAGAAAAGUGUCACUUUCUGACUUCUACCUGGAUGUUCAUGAAGUUAGUAAUGCAGAAUUCGAAUUAUUUGUAAAUGCAACCGGGUAUAGAACAGAAGCAGAAUCAUUCGGAGAUUCGUUUGUCUUUGAAUUAUUACUCAGUGAAGAGACAAAGACUGGAAUAACACAGGCUGUAGCUGCUGCACCUUGGUGGUUACCUGUUAAAGGUUGUAACUGGAAACAUCCUGAAGGACCAGAUUCGAACAUAAAAGAUCGCAUGGAUCAUCCUGUAGUUCAUGUCUCAUGGAAUGAUGCCGUUGCAUAUUGUCACUGGGCAGGUAAACGGUUACCUACUGAAGCUGAAUGGGAGUAUGCUUGCCGAGGAGGUCUCAAAGGACGCCUGUUCCCUUGGGGAAACAAAUUAAAUCCAAAGGAUAAACACUGGGCAAAUAUCUGGCAAGGGGAGUUUCCUGGUACCAACACCGGGGAAGAUGGUUACGUAGGCACGUGCCCUGUCACAGAAUUCCCUGCCAAUGCGUUUCAUCUUCACAACAUUGUCGGCAAUGUCUGGGAAUGGACAGCAGACUGGUGGAACAUAAAUCACACACGCACACCAACUGUUGAUCCUUUGGGACCAGAAACUGGAAAAGACCGUGUGAAGAAGGGUGGCUCCUACUUGUGUCACAAAAGUUACUGCUAUCGAUACCGUUGUGCUGCUCGUAGUCAGAACACACCAGAUAGUUCUGCUGGAAAUCUUGGCUUUCGCUGUGCUAGUACAAACAUCCCUGAAUACCUAAAGGAGCAUCAAUAAAUUAACAUUACAUGUGAGAUUCAACUAGUCUACUGCAGAGCAUACCUUACAAAUUUAAGGGCUCUGAUUUUGUAAGUACACUAUGGCUAUUACUUGGAAGCUACCCAUUGUUGGCAAGGUGAGAUUAGUCUUAGAAGAAAGAUAAGCUUAUCCCAUUCUGGUCUUAGUUCAUUUUAUAUUGUCGCAUGUAGGGGUGCAUGACUUAUAAGACGGGUUUUAGUUUGAAUGACUGCAUUUAUUUACACCUUAUACAUUCACAACUCAAGACUACAGGUAAUACAGCAUUAUCACUAUUCUACACUUUACAGUUCACUGUU